AGACCAAAAGAGAGAGAGUGGUAAUAACUCAUUGGCAGCAGCUCUGUGUGCAAGUUACUGUUAGCCAGCUAUCUGCAAGGGAGCUUCCUUCAGGGAGUGAAGAAAAGCCUGUGAACUGUUGGGAGAUUAUAAAUCUUUCCUUGAGAUGCCAGCCAAGAGCUUCAGAAUAGUCACAGCUGCUGCAGUGCUUAUUCUCUUCCAAAAGACACAGCUCUCAGUGCAAGCACCAUUAAAUGGAUCUAAGUGGUCUUACAUUGGUCCUGAUGGAGAGAAAACUUGGCACAAGAAGUAUCCAUUUUGUGGAGGAGUAUUCCAGUCUCCAAUAGAUUUUCAUAAUGAUAUUCUCCAAUAUGAUACCAAUCUCUUACCUUUAGAGCUUGUAGGCUACAAUGUGUCCUCCACUGACCACUUUAUGUUGACCAAUAAUGGUCAUUCAGUAAGAAUGAGCCUGUUUCCUACCAUGCACAUCAGAAAGCUCCCUUUCCAAUACACUGCAACUCAGCUUCACCUGCACUGGGGAAACAGGAACAAGCCAGAAGGCUCGGAGCACACAGUCAGUGGGAGGCAUUUUGCAGCAGAGCUACAUAUUGUACAUUAUAACUCUGACAAAUACCCCGAUGUAACAGCAGCAAUAGACAAAUCAGAUGGGCUAGCAGUUUUGGCUGUUCUCAUUGAGAGAGGCCCAUUCAAUCCAUCCUAUGAAAAGAUCUUCGGUCAUUUCCAGAACGUGAAAUACAAAGACCAGGUAGCUCUAGUCCCAGGUUUUGACAUCCAAGAACUGCUUCCUGACCAACUGGAUGAGUAUUAUCGCUAUGAAGGAUCCCUGACAACUCCUCCUUGUUACCCUAGUGUUCUCUGGACAGUUUUCCGACACCCGGUAAAAGUUUCACAAGAACAGCUGCUGGCACUGGAAACAGCUCUGUACUGCACACAGCCCAAUGACCCCACGCCCCUGGAAAUGGUUAAUAACUUCAGACACAUUCAGGAGUUUGAUGAAAGGCUGGUUUCUGUCUCCUUCCGUCAAGGUGUUGUACUUUCAGUUGUGUUAGCCAGUGUUCUUGGAGUUAUCAUCAUGCUUGCAGUAGCCUUUUGGCUGCUUAGGAAGAAGAGUUGCAAAAAGGAACAAGAAGACAACAGAAGAGUCAUCUACAAGCCAGCCAUUGACAAAGAGGAUGACAACACCUCUAAAGUAUGAAUUCCUACUCUGCCACAGAACUCUCUUUUCAUUCAUGGCAUCGAGAGAAGUUUGCCUUGGGCAACAUGUUUCUUGUCUCCAGCCAGUUAUAAGCGUUGGCUGCACCUUUAAAACAAAGCAGCCAAAACACUCUGUGGUAGUCCUUGCCCACCUGAACCAAACCAGUUUUCUCCCAAGCAUGAAAAGCAGUCACUGAGAACUUUUUUGUUUUUGUGUCAAAUAUUACAAAAUGUCACGGACCUGAAGAAAGGACCAAAAACUUCACACCUGUUAAAGUUUGUCCUAAAUUACCUGGAGCAAGCAAUCUAAUCAAAUGCUUGUCUAUUUGCACAAGAGCUUGGAGAGAUGUAAUCAGCCAGUAUUCUGGCUAGACUUGAGGGCCAAAUAUCUCACUAUACUAUGUUCAUAGAACCUUAGAAAUGCAGGGCGGGAAGGGACCUUGAGAAAUUCAUGUUGGCUGCAUGUUGGGCCUUUUUAAUUUAUUAAUCAUAAACUUGAGCUUUAUGGGCUAUUCAUGCCACAUUUCCCACAAAACAUUGAAGUCUAAAGAUAUUCAUUAAUCGGUUAUCACUACUGUAUGGGAGUGCCUAUAUCCACUUCCCUGCUAAAAAAAAUCAAACUAGGUGCUUCUCCAACAGUGGGAGCUUUAGCGUAGACCAGGUGCCAGUGCUAGCACUGUGUCUCCUAGACCUGCUAGUGUAGAUCAGCCAGUGGCAUUUUAACCACAUGGUUGAGAUGAUAGUUGCUAAUUGCAGUGGACAGUCUUCUGUGCUAGCACAGCCAUUGGUGGAGCUGCAACAGUGGGAAAUAUUAGGGGGAAGAGGCUAGCAUAGCUAUAACGAGAGCCUCUUGGGCAGUCAGUGGUGUUUGAACCUAGAACCUCCAGUGCUAGAUACAUAUGUCUCUCUACUACUUGAGUUAAAGACUCCUAAGCUAGGUGCUAUAUAAGACUCAUCACCUGUUAUGUGUGUCAAUUGCUAAAGGGUGAUGAAAAUGAUACUCCCCUUGUGUGAUUUCCAUAGAUAUAAUCUAAACCCUUCCUCACAUUUUAUUGUGCUAAUUUUAUUUAAAAUGUAUGCCUGAAUAGUGGGGGGAUAAUGCAAUUACUACUUUUAAUCAGUCUGCUCUCCAUUAUAAUCAUGAAGCUGAUUACUUUGAUUGUAUGAAAUGAGUAUUGACUAACACUCAGCAUGUAUUAUUAGAUUGCAUAGUAGAUGGCUUUGAUGAAUUAGUUGUCUGAAUUUAGCAAUUUAAUUAUUAGAAGAGAAAAUGAAUUUAAUUAGAAUUAUCAUCUCAGAUCUCAUAAAAUGAGUACACAAAGUUUUCACUGGCUCCAGCAUUAUUUCCAUUAUCCAUCUUCAAAAGUGUUCAACAUGGACUAACUCUGCUUCCAUUGAAGACAAUGGGAGAUUUAUCAUUGACUUCAGUGGGAACAAAAUCAAGCUAAUCUCAAUCUCCAUAUAUAGGGAAUCCCUCUGGAACCUGUAUUGCUGAAACUUUAGGUGUAACACUAGGGUAACAUCUCAGCAAUUUGAAAUGCUCCUGCAUGACUUGCCAGACAGGAACUCAGUCAUAGUGGAGAUGGGUCUGAAACACAAUCCCAGAUCUGAACACCAAUGAACACUGGGGAAGUUCCGAUCUGAACUUUGGAGCUUGGACCCAUUUCCCUUCUGAGUAGCUCUAGCGUACACUACUGUUGGCAUAUAGAACUGAAGAAUUAGCACUGGGAAGGAGGACAGUUAGUAAUGCCAUAAUUACGAAGAAUAUGAUAUGUUUGAACUUUCAAAUUGAGCACACUGAUAUAAGUUAUGCAGUUAAUAGUCUGACUGGUAUCAUCAUCAUCCUUCCCCUUUUCCCUAUUAAUUGGUAUGGGGAAAUUAGUUUUUGUAAUUUCCCCCUACUGUUACUCACACCUUCUUGUCAACUGUUUGAAAUGGGCCACCCUCAUUACCACUUUAAAAGUGAUUUUUCCUCCCUUGGUAUUCUACUGUUAAUUGAAUUGUCUCGUUAGUACUGACCCCCCCACUUGGUAAGGCAACUCCCAUCUUUUCAUGGACUGUGUAUAUAAACCUGCUACUAUAUUUUCCACUCCAUGCAUCUGAUGAAGUGGGUUUUAGCCCACGAAAGCUUAUGCCCAGAUAAAUUUGUUAGUCUCUAAAGUGCCACCAGGACUCCUUGUUGUUUUUACAUGAAAGUUAAGUUACAAAUACUGUACUUGGUAACCAAGACCCCGCAUUCCAGUUAUAAUCCUGGAUUUUCAUUUAAAUUGCAAGGAGUCCGGUGGCACCUUAAAGACUAACAGAUUUAUUUGGACAUAAGCUUUUGUGGGUAAAAAAACCACUUCUUCAGAUGCAUUUAAAUUUCAUUACUUUUAAUUUUGGUGUUUGGUGUUCUGUAAAGUAGAAUAUUGCUUUAAAUUGCUCAGACUUUCACACAAGAAAGUCAUAUAAUUUUGCUAAUCAUUGUCCUGGAUUUUUUUUUAAAUGGAUAAGUAAAAUAGAUCCUGAGCUGUAAUCUAACCCCAUUGUGCCUCUUUGGCACAGGAAAAAUAGUGAGAAAGCACAUAGGCCUUCCUAGUUGAGGAUUAUAUUACUGUCAUUUACAGUAAGGCUCCUUUACACCACUCUGGCAAGGUAAAGGAGCUUUAACUGACUAAGAAUGGGAACAAUUAACGAACAUUAGCAGCUUGCCUGCUUAGUUGUUACAUUUCUGCUCUGCCUCAGGGACAGAGCCUGCUUCACACAGCCCUACGCCUCAAGCCCAGGAUGCAGCAACAGUGAGAAGAGGGACAGAGUGAAUCUCUCUCUCUCACUCAUUCACAAAUAGGCAGGCGCUCAGCCUCACCCCCUUAAUGUCUCUCCAUGGACCCAUGCAUGCCUAGCCUCUCCCACCCCCCCUCAGGUGAUCUGCUCUCUGCUGUUGCCUGCUCCCAGCAGAUGUGCCCGGGCUGCCGCAAAAGGGCAUGUGUUUCCCACAGAUUUCUUUGCUCCCCCAUUUUUCUGCAAGGGAGCCAAGAAAUCUGCAGAAGGUAUGAAUUCUGUGCCCCCUGCCAGGCACAGAAUUCCCCCAGGAGUAACUACUUAGACCAGUGAUACUCAGACUGCGGCUCACGAGCCACAGGUGGCUCAUUAAUGAGUCUCUGCUGCACAUGAUAUUAAAACACUGUGUGAUUUAAUUAACAACCAAUCAGGAUACUUUUACUAUGCUAUUAACCAAUUAAAUUAUCAACUUGCACUAAGUUAUUAACUUAUUUGCUGUGAGAAUAUAUAUUAUAUACACACACAAUAAAUAUUUCCCCACCAUACUGUUUAAAAAUGACUAGUACUAUAGUAAAUGAAACAAUGAAUUCACACUACUGUGGCUCUUCUGGGUAAUGUUGAUCACUAAUUUGGCUUGUGAACCACUGAAGCCUCUGUAUCACUGACUUAGACUAUGUCUACACUACAGCUUAUGUUGGCAUAAUUUAUAUUGCUCAGGGUGUAAAUAAACGCUGGCAUUGACGCUCAUGUACACACUGCUACGUUGGCAGGAGAGCUUCUCCUGCCGACAUAGCUUCUGCCAUUCAUGGAAGUGGGGUUUUUAUGCCAAUGGGAGAGCUCUCCCCCGUGGGCACAGAAUGUCUUCACCAGAUGCGCUGCAGUGGCACCGCUGUAUUGGUACAGCUGCGUCGCUGCAGCGCUGUACAUAUAGACAUGGCCUUAGAGAGUCAAAACAAGUAAUUAGCUGACUGAAGCUCAUUUGAGUUACUACAUCUAAAGCUUCAGCUCCAAUUAAUGCCAAAGGGCUCAGCUCAGCAAUAAACAUUCACCCAUACCACAUCAUUUUCCAAUUAAGUUUAAUCAUCUAAUUUCUCUGGAGUCAAAAUAUUUACAGGCUUCUAACAAAUCAGCAAAUAUAAAAGGCAAAAUAAUUACUAUGAAUCACCUCCUGAAGCUGUUGUUUUUAAAAAAUAAAAAACAGGUUUCCCUCAGUAGCUAUAUAUAUGCGCUUAGGAUUUUAAAUACUAAAAUGAAUAUUUAUUUCUCUAAAUGUUUAUUUGUCCAAUAUUUUCACUUACAAAGCAAUUGGUGAUGAAGAUUAAACCCAAAGUUUUCAGUUCAGAUGAAUUGACUGCAUAAUAGAAAUUUAGAAGAUGGAUAAAAUACAAGGGAAAAGCCAAACUGUAAAUGAGGAAAGCAUAUAGUCGAUGGAUAAUGUAUGAAGAAAAAAAUUACUUAUUAGAAAUUUUAGGGCAAUAUAAAGUGUGCAUAGACACUAGAGCUACUGGCCCUAAAACCAAUCCAAAUAUAUUCUCAAGUAAGUAGGAUGUCAACAAAAAAAUGUGUGAAAAGAACAUGUUGCAUAAAUUCGGUUAAUUUUGCAGUAUGGAGAGAGCCUAAAACACUUUUACAACAUCGAGGCUUAUAUUCCACAAAGGUUAACUGAUAGACAAAAGAUUUUGUAUCCAACCUCUGAGAAGAGACGCUUCUAAUUCACUUUAACAAUAAAAUCCUAAAUUGUACUGAGCGGUGACCAAGUCAUUGGCAUCCUAGAUGAUGAUCACCAAACAUUAAAACUGAAUCCAGUGCAACUGAUGCCGCAAGCAACUGUUUAACAGACCAUCGGGAAAACUGGAUGAAAGGAGUGUGGAACAAAUCCAGACAAGUAAAUAUUUGGUCCAUGGGCAUUUCAUAAGAUGAUAUGAUUAGGGUGACCAUAUUUCCCUAUGCUGAAUAUGGGACACCUGGUAAAAUUACUCAUAUUCAAGCGAGUUCAACGGCAAACAAUCAGAACUAUGCAGUACAAACAUUCAAAUUAACAUCAAGUUGACUAACCCGUUAAAAAGAAAUCCUGCGUAGUUGGAUAUUCAUUGUGCACCAGGGCCCAGGGAACCUGACAGCAGGGACUUCAGUGAACCCAGCCAGAGAGGUGACUCAGCAGGGGAGGGUGCCUAGGAGACGGAGCAGCCCCGCACUCCCUGAGGCAGGACCCAUGGAGGCAGGUGAAGAAGGUGCUAAGCCCCUGCCCUAGGGCUGCUGUGGAACCUGAAGAUUCGGGGCAUGAACAGGCUGGAAAUUGCUUCCCUGCCCUCACCACUCCAGAGCUUAGCUGUGGGGUGGGGAGGCUUCCCUGUGCCAGCACUGUGUGAUGCUUUGGCACAUGCAGGACU